GCCGGGGCUGCUCGGAGCGGGGCAGCGCGCUGCGGCCAACAGGAGCCGAGCGGCCCCGACCGCCAGUCGCGCACCCGAAGGGGUUAUCUAUUUUCAAAUCGUUUCGCCCGAAAAUUAUAGGAUUUAAAAGGAAAGGAAAAAAAAAGAAGGGCUUAUUUUUCUUUUGGCUGGAGGGAGGGGCGACUCUAAGGGCGAUCUUUUCGUUUUUUCUCUCUCCCCGUCCCGCUUUCGUUUCGCGCUGCCCGCGCUGACUCUCUGCCGCUCUCUGCUCUCCCUCAGGACCUCGCCCCGCGCCGACGGCCCCGCGGAGCCCCGCCACGAUGGGCAGCAAGGCGCUGCCGGCGCCCAUCCCGCUGCACCCGUCCCUGCAGCUCACCAACUACUCCUUCCUCCAGGCCGUCAACACCUUCCCCGCGGCCGUGGACCAGCUGCAGGGGCUGUACGGGCUGAGCGCCGUGCAAACCAUGCACAUGAACCACUGGACGUUGGGCUACCCCGGCGUGCACGAGAUCGCCCGCUCCGCCCUCACGGAGAUGGCGGCGGCUCAGGGCCUGGUGGACUCGCGCUUCCCCUUCCCCGCGCUGCCCUUCGCCGCUCACCUCUUCCACCCCAAGCAGGGCGCCGCGGCCCACGUCCUCCCGGCGCUGCACAAGGAGCGGCCCCGCUUCGACUUCGCCAACCUGGCGGCCGCCGCCACGCAGGAAAACCCCCCGAAGGCGGGGGAGCUGGGCAAGCUGGGCCCCGGACUGCCGUCGCCUCUGUCGGGGCUCAGCAAGCUGUCCCCGGACAGGAAGCCCUCGAGGGGCCGCCUGCCCUCCAAGACGAAAAAGGAGUUCAUCUGCAAGUUCUGUGGCAGGCACUUCACCAAGUCGUACAACCUUUUGAUCCAUGAAAGGACCCACACUGAUGAACGGCCCUACACAUGUGACAUAUGCCACAAAGCGUUCCGGCGGCAGGACCACCUGCGGGACCACCGGUACAUCCAUUCCAAAGAGAAACCCUUCAAGUGCCAGGAGUGCGGGAAGGGCUUCUGCCAGUCCAGGACCCUGGCGGUCCACAAAACGCUGCACAUGCAGGAAUCUCCACACAAAUGCCCCACAUGUGGAAGAACCUUUAAUCAGAGAAGUAACCUGAAAACUCACCUUCUUACCCAUACAGACAUCAAGCCCUACAACUGUGAGCGGUGCGGCAAAGUGUUCAGGCGAAACUGUGAUCUACGGCGGCACAGCCUGACGCACACCCCGCGGCAGGACUUCUGAGCGCCGCGGAGCCGCAGCCGAGCCGGCCGUGCGCGGGGCAACGGGGCGGCUCGUUGGCACCGCGCGGUUCCUCCCCGAGCCGGGGUUGUUGGGGUUGGGUCGGGUUUGGGGUUGGGGGGAGCUGCAGGAUCGGGCCCCUCUCGGCCUCGCCGCUCCUGUAGAUAUCGCGGCUCAUUUUAGAGCUCUGUACAGAACGUGGUUUGAGUUUGUUCGUUUCGUUUCGUAUCCUCGUGUCCGAUGCACAUUGAUAACGGAUCUGGGAGGUGAAGUAUCUCUUCAAAAUGUAUUUCCAAAUAAAUCCCUCAUUCUUCCCCCCUUC